AUGUCUACCGAUCCCUUCCCCUCCAUUCUGGUGAGUCCAGAAGAAUUUCACAAUGUUAGAGGAUCUACGACACGCCGCAUCAUUCCGGUAGCGGCAGGGCGUGAGGCACUGCGCUCGUCCUACGAGAAACAGCAUAUACCAGGCUCAGUGCUCUUUGAUAUGGAUGUGAUAGCAGACAAUGCGUCACCAUACCCCCAGAUGCUUCCCACAGCAAGCCACUUCGCCCACUGCAUGGGAUCAAUGGGUAUAAAACCGGACGACAUCCUGGUCGUCUACGACGCAGUGGAGAUAGGCAUGUACAGCGCACCACGCGUAGCAUGGGCCUGUCGCCUCUUCGGGCAUAAGUCGGUACAUGUCUUGAAUAAUUUCCGUCUGUAUACGGAACAAGGAUAUCCUGUUGAGGAAGGAAAGAUGUCGCUGCUUCCGGAAACCGUUUACCCUGUUCACGAACCAGCUGCGAGCCAAGUGAUCGCAUUUGAGGAAUUGCGGGACAUAAUUUUGCACCAAGCAGGGAAUUAUCAUAUCAUAGAUGCCAGAAUCCCAGGCCGGUUUUCGGGUACGCAAGAAGAAGCGGAUACCACUCUCCGAUCGGGGCAUAUGCCUUCUGCGAUCAAUAUUCCGUUGGCAGCGAUGUUGGACGCGGAGUCGAAGGCAUUUUUGCCCCUGUCAGAACUGAAGGAGCUCUUUGAGAAGGCGGGUAUUAGUGCCAGUACGCCGGUUAUCUUGACUUGCAAUUCAGGAGUGACUGCUGCCGCAUUGGAUCUCUCAUUGCAGGUGACCGGUCAUGAGAUGGAACGAAGGGUGUACGAUGGGAGUUGGAUGGAAUGGACAAGGAGGGCGGAAAGUGGCUUGGUAGUCAGGGACUGA